GUCAACACUUUAUAUAGCUUUAAGUACCUAUCUAUUUUCUGAGUAGAACAUUAUUAUAUAAAAUACAAUAUCUUAAAUAAAACAUGAUCAGAUAUCGGGGUAAAAAGAAGGUUAUAGACAAGGUGAAAGAGUUAGAUGCCUUCUCUAAAGUUCCAGAAGAAUACGUAGACAGUACGCCGGUCGGCGGAACCUUUUCAGUAAUAACGUUUUUUAUUAUUAUGUGGCUGAUUUACAGCGAAGUUUCUUACUUUCUAGAUAGUAAUUUAGUGUUUAGAUUCAUGCCUGAUACGGAUAUGGACGAGAAAUUAAGAAUAAAUAUAGAUAUUACUGUUGCCAUGCCGUGUUCAAAUAUCGGUGCUGAUAUCCUGGAUUCUACGUCUCAAAGCGUUUUUGGAUUUGGAGAGUUACAGGAGGAAGAUACCUGGUGGGAACUAACACGGGAACAACAAGACGCAUUUGAUGCUGUCAAAUAUUUAAAUUCAUAUUUAAGAGAAGAAUAUCAUUCCAUUUGGCAAUUACUUUGGAAGAAAGGUCACGGAUCAGUCAGAGCUACAGUACCUCAGCGAAAAAAUAAACCAAAUCGCCGGCCUGAUGCCUGUCGCUUACAUGGUGUGCUUACAUUAAAUAAAGUUGCUGGAAACUUCCACAUAACGGCUGGUAAAAGUUUACACCUUCCCAGGGGGCAUAUACAUCUUAACAUGCUUUUUGAUGAUACACCUCAAAAUUUUAGUCACAGAAUACAUAGACUUAGCUUUGGCAGUCCAGCAAAUGGAAUUAUAUACCCUCUAGAAGGAGAUGAAAAAAUUGCAACAGAUGAAAAUAUGCUGUAUCAAUAUUUCCUAGAAGUUGUACCUACAGAUGUAGACACCACAUUUGAAUCAAUAAAGACAUUUCAGUAUUCCGUAAAAGAACUACAAAGACCCAUAAGUCAUAGCAAAGGCUCUCAUGGUGUUCCGGGUGUAUUUUUUAAAUAUGACAUGGCUGCUUUGAAAAUUCAAGUAUAUCAAGAGAGGGAGAAUCUUUUACAAUUUAUGUUACGUUUGUUUUCUAUUAUUGGCGGCAUUUAUGUAAUAAUAGGUUUUAUCAAUACUGUAGUGUUAACAAUGCGAACGGGAUUAUCAAAUACAGUAACAACAGAAGCUUUAAAAAAGAAAGAAUACAAAUCUGCACCACCUACACCAGUCCAAAGAAAUCCUUUACUUGUCACACCAGAUUUAAAUGUGCCUUUAGAUUUAUUAAAACAAUGACAUUAAUGAUAAAUAAAUAAAAUAAGUAGUUAACUGAUUCCUGUAUAUGUAAGAAUGUGUUAAUUAAUGAAUUUAAUACAGUAAAUUUGUUUAUAAUAAAUAUUUGGUAAUUUUAAAAUGUGAUCUGCUAUAAAUGAAUGUUUUUACAAUUUUGUAUAAAUUAAGUUAAUUUAUUUUGUAUGCAAUUUUAUUUUUUCAAUCAUAUUUUAACAUUUUCAAUGGUUUAGACGAGUCAUGUUAUAUCAUUUUUAUU